AGUAAAUCCCUCGCAGUGUUGAAGCAGAGAUCAGAGGUGCUCCAUUAUGCCACAAUGAGCACUUUCUUAGAUUACUCAGUCAUGAGCAGUGAAGGUGGGUCGUGUUCUGUGAGAGCUUUCCACCCGGAUCACGGGAUUACAACUUUCCAGUCGUGCUCCGUGACUGUGAACAACUGCAGCGCGGAUGAGCGCUUCAUGGCGAGCCGGGCUUCGCCAGACGACACCCCCCACCACAACUCCUACUCCGGGCUGGCUUAUGGCGCACACCCGUCCUGCAGCUCCAGCUACGGGGCUCAAACUUUCUACAACCAUUACGCACUGAACCAGGAAGUGGACACCGCCGCAGGGUUCGCCCAAUGCGGCCCACUCGUGUACUCGGGUAACCUGUCCACCUCCAUGGUGGCGCAGCAUCGCCAGGGUUACAGUACCACCGCCCCGAUGGGUCAGCUGCAGUAUGCCCACCCUGCCUAUGGAGGCGGCCAUGAGCAAGGCAGCCCUUUCCCUGGGUGCUCGAACCCUCUGUCUCCGUUGCAUGCAUCUCACCUGGAGGGAUGCUGCUCUCCUCUCUCGGAGGGAGCCUCUUCUGCACAGACCUUCGACUGGAUGAAGGUUAAGAGGAACCCCCCUAAAACAGGGCGGUCCGGUGAAUACGGCUAUGGAAGCCAGCCCAACACGGUCCGAACCAACUUCACCACCAAGCAGCUGACGGAGCUGGAGAAGGAGUUCCACUUCAACAAGUACCUGACCCGGGCGCGACGCGUGGAGAUUGCCGCCACGCUGCAGCUGAAUGAGACUCAGGUGAAAAUCUGGUUCCAGAACCGGCGAAUGAAGCAGAAGAAGCGGGAGAAGGAAGGACUGCUCCCGGUCAAGGCCGUGCCCUCUGAACCUGGCGAGAGCCUUCAAGAGAAAAUGGACGAUGCGGUGUCAGAGAAGUCAGUUUCAGCUCCUUGUACUCCUUCUCCUCCUUCCUCUACGGUGUCCUCCACCGGGGCUGACCCUUACUGCUCCAAUUAG